GAUCAAUAAGUGUACCUCCACGCAGAGACUAGCACAUACAAAACUUGCUGUUCCAAUGAAGCCUUCAGUACACAAGGCAUGAGUAGGCUGCACAUUCAGACCCUUAACUCGAGUGAAGGGUUUGCCCAGCAGACUACGGAGCAUCAUGCAUGGUAUUGUGAAAACCCAGAACAGGUUGGUGAACUGCCCGUGAACUGCCAAUAGGUUAUUUAUACAGUCAUCGCAAAGGUUAGGAGUCUGUUCCAACAGAAUGCUCUUGAUGAGAAAAGGAAAAAAAAGGAAGAACAUUUGCCUUUGAAUAGAACAGCUAGAGUGAACACAAUAUUCUAUGGUUAGUGAACGAAAGCCAAAUAUGCAGUACCAUCAGCUCCAUGGUAAAGUAUAUGUAGCUCAGAGACAUAUAUGGUCGGAGAAAUUUUUGUUGAAACAACCUACAUAACAACCUACAAUAACAAUGGUGUCUUUCGUCUCCAGUACACGUCUAUUCACGGGAUUCUAUCGAACGACACGGGAGCAUUUUGGAAAAUGCUUGAGAAAUCGUCAGGUUUUCACAAGGAGCUGUAAUAUGCAGCGAGAAACCAUCACUAUGGAAACCGUAUACCAUCAGUUUCAAAGGUUUUUGAAAGAUAUCCUGAAGGCAAGUCCAGACAAAUACCCCAAGUCAUAUCACCUGAAGCAGUUCGGUUGGAACGAUUUCAACAAAAUUGGAGCCAUUCACCCUCAUUACCAUGUAGGAUACAGUCUGCUGGCAGCAUUACAGCAUUCACCAGUCGCUGCAGAUGGUAUGCCUGACAAGAGCACCUCUUACUUUGGCCGCUGUUUCAGUCUCAACUUCCUCCCUGCAUACCACUCUACCAAUUUCGUUUCCAGGCCAGUCAGAUACGAUUCCUACAUUGCCUAUCUAGGGAGGACAUCUACGUACAUCGGCAUUGAACUUCGAGAUGACGAGUCCAACCUGCUUUACAUGACAGGCCAAAUGCAAUGCAUGACGAUUGACCUGAAAGAAAAGAAGCUCGUACCGGUUAGUCUGGAAUCAAUCAAGAAGUAUGAGGGUAAGAUCAUGCUGAAGGAGGCCCCAAAGAGGCAUCAGUUCAUACCCAUGCAGUUUGCGAAAGAUAAUGUCUUCAAGUGGAAGACUGCAACUCAGUGGAGUGACGUGGACCACAAUGGGCAUGUUAAUCAAAUGCCGUACAUGCGUUUCAUCUACGAUGCAGGGAGUUCUGCAGCUGUGGCGGGGUUCCUCAAGUCCUUCCACCGAGAGCUGAUCAACUACAGAUUGAAGACCUACGCUGUGGAGUACAUUAAGGAGAUCCAUCAAGGACAAGAGAUUAAGAUUUUCUGUUGGGAGAUGAAGGAUAGUCCGGGUACAAUCCAUUAUGAAUUUCAUGUUGAAGGCAACGUCGUCAGUAGGAGUCAUCUGAUAUUCGAUGUACAGCAUCUGGCGGAACUUUAGAAUCGAGAUGCCUUUUAUGAGACCUCUUGUCGAAAGACCGAGCAACGUCUUUCGUUCAGGGGAGCGUUUCAUGAAAGGAGUUGUCAGACAUUUUAUCCGACAGUUAGGCUAGCUACCAUAGUAACACUGCUUCCUAGCCAAUCAACAUCAAGGGAAGUUGUCAAAUAUGAAAACUUGUCGGACAAAAAUGUUGAUGAAAUACUCCCCAGGAUUCCUGCAUGCAUCCUUUCAUCUCGAAUCCACAUAAAGACGGUGUGAAAGAAUCGUCAUGGAGUUCCUUACGCGCAGCGCACUUUGUUAAAGCGCCCCCAAUGACCAAGGCGGAAAAGGGAAGGACCCAAGCAAUUUCCCGACUAGACAUCGCAACUAUCAUCAUUAAUGUUAUCCUUAACACAUUUUUUUUUUCGAAAGUAGACGGCUGUGGACCUGCGUUUUUUAUUUUUUUAGGCGAACCCCCUCCGUUUUCAUGGUUUUGUUACAUCAUUUGUUUCGCAGAUUAGUCAGAUUCGUUCUUGUUAAAUUGCUUCUUGUUUAAAUUGAGUUUUUCUCGGUGUUGUCUUUCUCGACUUUAGUAAGGCAUGUGGUUCAGUUUUUUUUCCAUUUGCUUGUCAAAAAAGGUCUUCGAAAAAAUAACAAAGUUAACAUCGUCACUAUUAUCAAAAGUUUCUUAACAGUCAAAAAAGUAAAAACUAAACUUUUUGGUGAUAUGUCCUUUUCAAGCUCUGCACCACGUCUUUGGAAUACUCUUCCAGCUUCCCUCCGUUGUAUCCCAAAUAUCGCAUCGUUUCGUUCCAAUUCAAAGACGUAUCUCAUGAAGAAAACAUAUUCAACAUAGACCCAUUGACAGUGUCCUUGAUAUUUUUAAAUAUUUUGUUAUAUGAUUUCUAAUUUUACUUUUGUUUGUAGGCCUAUAUUUGGUUUUUUUUUGUCUAUAGGCGUAUCCGGCCACAAGCCUCAGCUUUUAGGGUAUACACCUUCCUUAUUACAUGUACAUACGUAUAUUUUUCAUAACAAAUUGAUUUAUGUAUGAAUUAAUGUUUACAAGAAAAAUAUGUGAUGAAAUGGAUGAAAAUAAAUGUUUUAUUUGAAUUGACUUAAAUUGGAUAUGUUCUACUUUGUAAAGCGCUUUGAUAUGGCUUUCAUGAAAAGCGCUAUAUAAGACUAAGUUAUCAUUAUUAUUAUUAUAUUAUGAUCAGAGCAUUAUAUCAAGGAGUGAAUAACUGUCAAACUGUGUUCCUCCCAGUAGCGUUUUGUUGUUUGACAAGUUGACAGAUCCGAAAACUUUCCUUGAAUUUGAUUGGCUGAGAAGCACAGCUCCUAUGGUAACUGCCUCCCCCCAAAAUUGUUAAAACUUACAGUUUCUUAAUGAAAAAAAUUCACAAAAUUCACCAUAAGUGUGCAUGAAAUUCUUCAAAUUUCACUUCAGAAAACGCAAAAGCGACCCAAUGACAAGCUUGGUAACUUCUCUCCGUCCGUCACUUUUGAAUCUUUUCGAUAUUUUUUACUCGACUUGCCCCCUCCCGCACAAGAAAAGAAAAUAUCUCGUGCACGACCAUGGAUAAAAAUGACUCGUGUAGCAUAAUACAUUGGGAGAGAGUUGCGUGAAAGGACCUAUAUCGGGCGUUUUAUCCGAUAAUUUAUGUUUUAUCUAACAGUUGCCAUAGUAACAGAGCUUCUCAGCCUAUCGCAAUGGAGGAAAGUUGUCGAUCCGACAAGUUGUUAGACAAAAAUACCCCCUGGAGAAGUCCUCUUAAGAACCACUCCCCAGUAGUGGUGAUUUAGGUGAAGAAAUUUUAGCAGUACCCUGCCGUAGAAUGUUUACCCGGUAUCGUUUCGCGCUCCUAUUAUUUAUUAGUUGUGGUGCAGCAGUUCUGAUUAUCGACUAUUGAUAGCCCCCUCCCCUUUUGAAAGUCACAGCAUAUAUUUUAAUGGGAAUGUGUCGUUGAAACAAACUCGAGGACACUUUAUUUUUUUUUUGGGGGGGGGGGGGAUUCCAAUACGUGGACGAAAUGAUCCCUAUUUUGGGGUGAACAACUUUUUUUAUCUUUCUUUUUUGCUUGUCAAAUUUUCCUCGGGAAAAUGUGCCCCCCUUUUGGAAAAAUCCUGAUCCUGAUCCUCGUUAUGAAGUAUCGCUAUAGGGCCUAUACAUUUUCGUUUCAUAAAAAGCAUUCACGGGGGCCUGAAAACAAUGUAGAGCUGGUGUGUUGACAGCCGAAUCAAACCAAACGAACGAAUAACAAAAAAUGUCUUCACUC